UCUCGAUCACGUGGUUAUUGUGAUCAAGGAAAUGAAAUUUGGUUAAAAUAAUUUUUGUUUUCUUUCAAUUUUAUUUAUCUGAUGUGUAAUUGAAUAACAAAGAUGCCACCAAAACAAAGAAAACUCGCCAUUAUGGGUUUUAGAUCAGUAGGAAAAUCAUCACUUACUAUACAGUUUGUUGAAGGCAGAUUUGUAGAUGUCUAUGAACCUACAAUUGAAAAUACUUUCACAAAGACAAUUAAAGUUAAAGGACAAGAAUAUUUUCUUAAACUUGUGGAUACUGCUGGACAGGAUGAACUGUCAAUAUUUCCUCAGUCAUAUUCUAUGGAUAUACAUGGAUAUGUUCUUGUUUAUUCAAUUACUUCCACUAAAAGUUUUGAAAUUGUUAAAAUGAUUUAUCAGAAAUUAUUAGAUAUGACUGGAAAAGUUCAUGUUCCAAUUAUUCUUGUAGGAAAUAAAGUAGAUCUGCACAUGGAGAGAGUUGUUAGUUACGAAGAAGGUAAAAGAACUGCAGCAACAAUGAAAGCAGAAUUUAUAGAAGCAUCUGCCAAACAAAAUCAAAGUGUCACAGAGAUAUUUACCACUAUAAUAUGGGAAAUUGAAAAAGCCAAUGGAGACGUUCAGGAAAAGUCAAGUUGUGUAUUGUCGUGAUAAAAAUACAGAUAUUAAAUUACGGCAUUAUGCAUAAAGGACAGAUACAUUACGUAAACAUAAUUCGACCUGCUCUAUAUUGCAUAUGUACAUUGGCAACAUAUACAUUAAUGAUAUCAGUUUACUUUUCACAAAUCUACAAAUUUACAAAAUCAAACAUGGUUAAGCAUUAUGAAUUUUUUUUUAAGAUCUUAAAAGAUCAUAUAUCUAUUAUUCUGUCUCAUUUAUUUAGAAUCCAUUAUAUGAUUCUUGUACAGUUCUUCCUAUUACAAGCAGCAUUGUUUGAUUUUUGGGGGGAAUAUAUAUAUAUAUAUAAAUAUAAAUAUAUAUUUAUCAAUUAGAUUAAUACUUUAACCAAGAAAGAAAUUAGCAUUGUAUAUAUUGAAAUUAUUCCAUUGUAAAGAUAAUUCAUACUAUGGAAGAUUGCAUUUAGAAUGAUCAAUUUAUACCACUGCAAGUGCACUGUUAAAUGUAGCUUGGCAAAUAACAGUGAUUAAAUUUAAAAACCCAUUAAAAAUGAGGGUUUUCUUUAGUUAAUGUAAAACAGAUUGCUACAUGUAUAGAGUUAUGACUUGAGUUCAUACAAUACUUAAAACCUUGAUUAGAGUUUUUUUACUAAUUAUGAAAGAAUAAAUUGUAUGUAUUUGCUGGUAGUCUGUCUUUUAUGAAAAUGCUAUACAAAAUACAGUAUAUGGAGUAUGCUGAGAAUAUAUUUCAUGUCAGCUUACACAAUAUGAAAAUAAUGUAAUUUUUCAUAUAUCAUAAAAGAGCUUUUAUUUAAAUCUGCUUGAAAGAAUGUGAUAAUUAAAAUUUAUUUUAGAAACAAAGAUAGAAAUGUCACUUGGAUAAUAGCAGAUUUUAUUUAGAUAUAUGUUAAGAAUGAAGGACAUUGAGAUUUUUGUAUAGGAAUAUCUCCCAAAACGCAAUUACUUGUUAUUUAUGCAAAAAAAAAAAAAAAAUGCAAUAUGUACAAAAGUACAAAAUGGAACUUUGAAUAUAUGCUGAAGUAUAUUCAAAGCAUUCAAACCAUAAUAAUAUAAUAAGUAGGAAUUGUAUUCCUAUAUGAAAUGUGGCAUCUUAAUAUUCCUAACAAUAUAACAAUGGUCUAUUCAAAUCUCCAUCAAUGUGAUAUAUUCUUCGUAAGAGUUGUCUUGAAAUCUAAUUUUUAAAAAAUUU